AAAAGAAAAUUGUAUAACAAAAUAGGGCCCCAAAUUGGGAAGCGUCGUUUGAACGAACGGAGAGAACUCCACGAUCGGGGAUGGAGAGUGCAUUUGCGUCCGCGGCAGCGAUAACUGACCAGCGGCAGAAGAUUGAGCAGUACAAGCACAUUCUUGCAUCCGUCCUUUCCUCUAACGAUGUCAGCCAAGCCAAGCAAUUCAUCAAUCACAUGUUAUCGGAUGAUGUUCCGCUUGUCGUCUCGAGGCAGCUCCUGCAGUCGUUUGCUUUGGAGCUAGGGAGAUUGGACGCGGAGUUUCAGAAGGACAUCGCCCAUUAUACCCUCAAUCAGAUCCAGCCUCGUGUCGUUUCCUUUGAAGAGCAGGUUUUGAUAAUCAGAGAGAAACUUGCUGAGUUGUAUGAAUCUGAACAUGAGUGGUCGAAAGCUGCUCAGAUGCUUAGUGGCAUUGAUCUGGAUUCUGGAAUGAGAGUCAUUGAUGAUACAUUCCGGCUGUCAAAAUGUGUUCAAAUUGCUCGUCUUUACCUUGAGGAUGAUGACGCAGUUAAUGCCGAAGCUUUUAUAAACAAAGCUUCCUUUUUGGUCAGCAACACUGAACAAGAAGCUUUGAGUUUGCAGUACAAGGUUUGUUAUGCAAGGAUUCUAGAUUUGAAGAGGAAGUUCUUGGAAGCUGCGCUAAGAUAUUAUGACAUAUCCCAAAUUGAAAAGUGGCAAAUUGGAGAAGAGGAGAUUAAUGAAGAAGCACUGGAGCAAGCUCUGGCUGCUGCUGUCACCUGCACAAUUUUAGCAGCUGCAGGUCCUCAGCGGUCUCGUGUUCUUGCGACCCUGUACAAGGAUGAACGCUGCUCGAAGCUAAAAAUUUACCCAAUCUUGCAAAAGGUUUAUUUGGAGAGGAUUUUAAGAAAACCUGAAAUUGAUGCAUUUGCUGAAGAAUUGAAACCUCAUCAGAAAGCGCUUUUGCCUGACAAUUUCACUGUUCUUGACCGUGCUAUGAUUGAGCACAACCUCCUGAGCGCUAGCAAACUUUACACAAAUAUAAGCUUUGAGGAGUUGGGCACAUUGCUUGGUAUUGCCCCUCAAAAGGCUGAAAAGAUAGCUUCAAGAAUGAUAUGUGAAGAUAGAAUGAGGGGAUCUAUUGAUCAGGUUGAAGCCGUCAUACAUUUUGAGGAUGACACAGUGGAAAUGCAACAAUGGGAUCAACAGAUCUUUGGAUUAUGUCAGGCUCUCAACGAGAUUCUUGAUGGCAUGGCGAAGAAAGGCUUACCAAUUCCUGUCUAAUCUUUGACAGAUGAUUUCAUACUUUUGACCUUUUUUCAUGUUAUUGCAAUUAGAUAAACAUCUCAUUCUUGUGCUAGUUGCCAUCUUAUUGUAGGAAAUCUUUUCUCCCCUUUUCAAUAUUGUGAAAAUAUCCAUUCACUUAAAGUUUGAACUACAUGAAUAUUGUUGUCGACUUUCCUGC